AUGGGAGAAAUAGAGCAGAGGCCAACUCCAGGAUCGCGACUAGGAGCCCCAGAGAAUUCGGGGAUCAGUACCUUGGAACAUGGACAGAAGCCUCCCCCAACACCUUCAGGAAAACUCAUGUCCAUCAAAAUCCAGAUGCUGGAUGACACCCAGGAAGCAUUUGAAGUUCCACAAAGAGCUCCGGGGAAAGUGCUGCUGGAUGCAGUUUGCAAUCACCUCAAUCUCGUGGAAGGUGACUAUUUUGGCCUCGAGUUUCCUGACCACAAAAAGAUCACAGUGUGGUUGGAUCUCUUAAAACCUAUUGUGAAACAGAUUAGAAGGCCAAAGCAUGUUGUUGUUAAGUUUGUGGUGAAAUUCUUUCCACCUGACCAUGCACAGCUCCAAGAAGAACUCACAAGGUACCUGUUUGCUCUGCAGGUGAAGCAGGACUUGGCUCAAGGCAGGCUGACGUGUAAUGAUACCAGUGCCGCUCUUUUGAUCUCACACAUUGUACAAUCUGAGAUUGGGGAUUUUGAUGAAGCAUUGGACAGAGAACACUUAGCAAAAAAUAAGUACAUACCUCAGCAAGAUGCACUAGAAGACAAAAUUGUGGAAUUUCACCAUAACCACAUUGGACAGACACCAGCAGAAUCCGAUUUCCAACUUCUGGAGAUUGCCCGUCGGCUGGAGAUGUAUGGAAUCCGGUUGCACCCAGCCAAGGACAGGGAAGGUACUAAGAUCAACCUGGCCGUUGCCAACACAGGAAUUCUAGUAUUUCAGGGUUUCACUAAGAUCAAUGCCUUCAACUGGGCGAAGGUGCGGAAGCUGAGCUUCAAAAGGAAGCGCUUUCUCGUCAAGCUCCGCCCUGAUGCAAAUAGUUCAUACCAGGAUACCUUGGAGUUCUUAAUGGCCAGUCGUGAUUUUUGCAAGUCCUUCUGGAAAAUCUGUGUUGAACAUCAUGCCUUUUUUAGACUUUUCGAAGAGCCUAAACCAAAGCCAAAACCUGUUCUCUUUAGUCGAGGGUCAUCCUUUCGGUUCAGUGGUCGAACUCAGAAGCAGGUUCUCGACUAUGUUAAGGAAGGAGGACACAAGAAAGUACAGUUUGAAAGGAAACACAGCAAGAUUCAUUCCAUCAGAAGCCUUGCCUCGCAGCCUACAGAACUGAACUCAGAAGUGCCAAAACAAUCUCCACAGCGCACCAGCCUUACAUAUGGAGAAGGUGCUGAAUUGCCAGGUGGCCAGAGCUGCCAGCAAGGAAAGGAACUGAAAGUUUCCACCGAAGAGCCUGGGCCACAACAAAGUCCUUCUCUGAAGAGUCCACUGGGUAACAAGAAAGCAGAUGGAGCCGUCAUGGUGACGAUGGAGGAAGAGGAGGAGGUCGUUAAGGAUAGGACCCAGCAGAGUAAACCUCAACCUCAGCAGCCAAGCACAGGCUCCCUGACUGGUAGCCCUCACCUUUCAGAACUGUCCGUCAGCUCGCAGGGCGGGGCUGCACCUGCCAACGUGACCUUGUCGCCCAACCUGAGCCCCGACACCAAGCAGGCCUCUCCCUUGGUCAGCCCACUGCUGAAUGACCAGGCUUGCCCAAGGACAGACGAUGAAGAGGAGGUCCGCAAAAAGAGAUUCCCAACUGACAAAGCAUACUUCAUUGCUAAAGAAGUGUCCACCACUGAGAGAACAUAUCUGAAGGACCUUGAAGUCAUCACUUCGUGGUUUCAGAGCACGGUGAGCAAAGAGGACUCUAUGCCCGAAACAUUGAAAAGUCUGAUAUUCCCGAAUUUUGAACCUUUGCACAAAUUUCAUACUAGUUUUCUCAAGGAAAUUGAGCAACGACUUGCCCUGUGGGAAGGCCGCUCAAAUGCCCACAUCCGAGGAGAUUACCAAAGGAUCGGAGAUGUGAUGCUGAAGAACAUUCAGGGCAUGAAGCAACUGGCUGUUCACCUGUGGAAGCACAAUGAGGCUUUGGAGGGACUGGAGAAUGGAAUCAAGAGCUCCCGGCGGCUGGAGAACUUGUGUAGAGACUUCGAGCUACAGAAGGUGUGUUACUUGCCACUCAACACCUUCCUCCUGCGGCCACUGCAUCGGCUUAUGCACUACAAGCAGAUCCUGGAGCGGCUGUGCAAGCACCAUUCCCCAAACCAUGCCGACUUCAGGGACUGCCGAGCUGCUUUGGCAGAGAUUACUGAAAUGGUGGCACAGCUUCACGGUACGAUGAUCAAAAUGGAGAAUUUCCAGAAGCUGCACGAGCUCAAGAAAGAUUUGAUUGGCAUCGACAAUCUUGUGAUUCCAGGAAGGCCUCCAACCUUCCAGUUAGUAGUCGAGCCAGCCUCUCCGCGUUUACUCUGCUUUGCAUGCUCAGCAAACUUCCAUGGUUUGUUUUCUUCUCAGGAGUUCAUUCGCCUGGGAAGCCUCAGCAAACUCUCCGGGAAGGGGCUACAGCAGCGCAUGUUUUUCCUGUUCAAUGAUGUCUUGCUGUACACAAGCAGAGGGCUGACGGCCUCCAAUCAGUUCAAAGUCCAUGGGCAGCUCCCCCUCUAUGGCAUGACUAUAGAAGGGAGUGAGGAUGAAUGGGGGGUGCCCCACUGUCUUACGCUCCGGGGCCAGCGCCAGUCCAUCAUUGUGGCUGCCAGUUCUCGGUCAGAGAUGGAAAAGUGGGUUGAAGACAUCCAGAUGGCCAUUGAUCUGGCAGAAAAAAGCAGCGGCCCCACCCCAGAGUUACUGGCCAGCAGCCCCCCUGACAAUAAGUCCCCGGAUGAAGGCACUGCCGCGGACCAGGAGUCAGAGGACGACCUCAGCGCCUCACGCACAUCGCUGGAGCGCCAAGCCCCGCACCGCGGCAACACCAUGGUGCACGUAUGUUGGCACCGCAACACCAGCGUCUCCAUGGUGGACUUCAGCAUUGCCGUGGAGAAUCAGUUAUCUGGGAACCUGCUGAGGAAAUUUAAAAACAGCAACGGGUGGCAGAAGCUGUGGGUAGUGUUCACUAACUUCUGCCUCUUCUUCUACAAAUCACACCAGGACAAUCAUCCCCUUGCCAGCCUGCCUCUGCUAGGAUAUUCACUCACCAUUCCUUCCGAAUCCGAGAACAUCCACAAAGACUACGUGUUCAAGCUGCAUUUCAAGUCCCAUGUGUACUACUUCAGGGCUGAAAGUGAAUACACAUUUGAAAGGUGGAUGGAGGUGAUCCGAAGUGCCACCAGCUCAGCCUCACGCACCCACGUUUUAAGUCACAAAGAAUCUCAUGUGUACUGA